CAAGGACAUCCAUGUGCCGCGGCCAACAUGUCCCCAGCAUCCGCUGCCACGGCCAGUGAGAGCGGCGCCGCCAGCACCGCGGCUCCGGAGGAGGACACGGAGAGCCCCCGAGAGGAGCACCGACCCCUGAAACAGUCCCUGCGUAAGGCCCUGUGCCGGGACAACCACUGGAAAUGCCUGCUCCUUUCCCUGUUGAUGUACGGCUGCGUCGGGGCCGUGGCCUGGUGCCAGGUGACCAAGGUCACACGCCUCUCCUUCGACAGUGCCUACAAGGGUAAGUCCAUGAUGUACCACGACAGUCCCUGCUCCAACGGCUACAUCUACAUCCCCCUGGCCUUCCUGGUCAUGCUCUUCGUGGUCUACCUGGUGGAGUGCUGGCACUGCUAUGCCAGGGACCAGCUGCAGUACAAGGUGGACGUGGAGAGCGUGGCCGAACGCAUCCAGCGCAUGCAGCAGGCCACGCCCUGCAUCUGGUGGAAAGCCAUCAGCUACCACUACAUCAGGAGGACCCGGCAGGUGACACGCUACCGCAACGGUGAUGCCUACACCACCACGCAGGUCUACCAUGAGCGGGUCAACACCCAUGUGGCUGAAGUGGAGUUCGACUAUGAGAACUGUGGGGUUAAGGACAUCUCGAAGCACCUGCUUGGCCUGGAGGGCUUCCCCAUCACCAGGCUGAGGUUCACGAAGUGCUUCAGCUUUGCCAACGUGGAGUCGGAGAACUCCUACCUGACCCAACGGGCAAGGUUCUUCACGGAGAAUGAAGGCCUGGACGACUACAUGGAGGCCCGCGAGGGAAUGCAUCUGAAGAAUGUAGACUUUAAGGAGCACAUAAUUGCCUUUUCUGACCCCAGUCACCUUCCCUGGUAUGCAACCAACUAUGUGUUCUGGGUGGCAGCUGCCUUCACCCUCUCCUGGCCCCUGCGGGUAUUCACAGAGUACCGCACAGCCUGCGUCCACUACCAUGUGGAGAAGCUGUUCGGCUUUGACUAUGUUCCUGUGACACCGUCUGAGGAGCGGCCAUACUGCCGCCGCAUCCCGCGGGUCAACACGAUCGACAGCACCGAGCUGGAGUGGCACAUUCGCUCCAACCAGCAGCUGGUGCCCAGCUAUUCUGAGGCGGUUCUGAUGGACCUGGCCCAGCUCUCGGGGAGCUGCAACAGCUACUCGGUGUGCGAGGGCUAUGGUAGCUACCGGCAGAACUGUGAGCGGUGCCACCGUGCCAUCAGCAGCUCCUCCAUAUUCUCCCGCAGCGCCCUCAGCAUCUGCAACGCGGGCAGCCCACGCAUCCCCUUCAGCGCCAGCCGCUUCUCGCUGGGCCGCCUGUAUGGGUCGCGGCGCAGCUGCCUGUGGAGGAGCAGCGGGAGCCUGAAUGAGCGCUCCUGCCCCACUGAGAGCACCCGCUGUCUGUCGGGCCAGCAGGCCAGCGAGGAGAGCCCGCCGGCCUACCAGGACGCUCUCUACCUCCCGGUGCUCAUCGUGCAUCGCAACGAAGGUUGCCUAAACCACGAUCACCGCUCCCUCCACAGAAACGGCUCCUGUGUGGAGACCUCGCUAUGA